CGUUCUUCGUUGUUUCGAGCGCUCUCGCAGUAAAGCCUUUCAUUUAGUCCCAAUUUUGCAACUCGCUGUAAGAUUAAUUCCCUUGGAGCCGCGAACUCGGCUGAGCACCCUCCAAGCUCGCCCCCCAGCCGAGCACUGCCUGGCAGAAUACUUCGGGUUGUUUACAUCGUUCCGCCAUCAUAAAUACGUACAGAUGCAUUAGAUUAACACCCCAGAGUGCGUCCCGGGCUCUCCCAGCGCAGUUUUGCAACGUUUGUUCCGCCAUCGCGCAUGUGUAUCGGGCCCGUCGGCCGAAAUGAGCUGACCCGUCAUCCCAACAGCUUAAACAGCAUGAGAGCAUUGUGCUGAGCACUAAGAAUCGGGUUUGAGCAUGGGCGCGCGUGUGCCAAGCGGAGCGCUAAAGUCGCUGGCUGUAAACAUGAAUGCUUUAGUGCAACAUUUAGUGUCCGGUGGGACUUUAGUGAGCGACUAACCAAGGAGCCACUAAAUCCACUGGAAAGAGGCCCAUUGGUUGACCUUUUGGCUUGCAGCCAUGCUCUUUCCAUAUUGACUUGACAGCUUGGGGCUGCUGCAUAACGCGAUUACUGGCCCGGGCCCUGGACAAGAAGGCUGAACUGCAAUGCGAAUGGCCCUUGAGCGGACAGCAGCCUGCGGAUUGCGCGCCCCUAGCAAAAGUAGCCCACUGAGACGUCAGACUGUAGCUUUCAAGGCGCUUGCCAACCGUGCUGCCCGUCAAACGCGGCUGUCAUGUUCAUCUGGCCUUCUAACGAUGCCCUCGGCGGGGCUAGCCUCUCCAUCGGCGAGCGCUGCGCGGAGCGCAGCCGGCGCUGGACUACGAAGCGUCUCCUAUGACGAGCUGGACGUGCAGACGCCGCUCGCCUAUGAGCUGCUGCAGGGGCCGCUGGCGCGCUGGUCGCACACGGACGCCACGCACGUGCCGCCCACCGCGGUGCUGGUGCACGGCAUCCUGGGCAACCGCAAGAACAUGAGCAGCUUCGCAAAGAUGCUCGUGGAGGGCUUCCCCAGCUGGCAGGUGCUUCUGGUGGACCUGCGCUGCCACGGCGAGUCUGCGGCGCUGCCCGGCCGGCCCGAGGCGCCGCACAGCGUGGCCUCCGCCGCCACCGACAUCCUGGCGCUGCUGCGGCAGCUCAAGCUAUUCCCGCGCGUGCUCAUCGGCCACUCCUUUGGCGGCAAGGUGGUCAUGAGCAUGGUGGCGCAGUUCCCCGCCCGGCUGCCGCGGCCGGUGCAGGUGUGGGUGCUGGACUCGCUGCCGGGCCAGGUGCGGGCGGGCGGCGGCCCCGACGGCGCCGACCACCCCGGCGAGCUGAUUGCGCUGCUGCGGGGCCUGGCCAUGCCGGUGGCCAGCCGCAACGCCGUCAUGGACGCCGUGCUGGAGGCGGGCUUCUCCCCCGCCAUUGCGCGCUGGGUGGUGACCAACCUGCGGCCGGUGCCGGGCGGCUCGCCCAGUGCCGGGCCCUUCAGCUGGACCUUCGACCUGGACGGCAUCGCCGACCUGUACAGCUCCUACGAGACCACGGCGCUGUGGCCUCUGCUGCAGCAGCCGCCCGCCGGCCUGUCGCUGGACUUUGUCAAGGCGGAGCGGAGCACCUUCCGCUGGGGCGGCGCGGACGAGGCCGCCAUACGGGGGGCGGGGCACGGCGUGCACCUGCUGCCCAACAGCGGACACUGGGUGCACACCGACAACCCGCUGGGGCUGUACGACAUCCUGGCGCCCUCCUUCGGCGCCAGCCCCGACCUCAAGCAGCGGCGCACGCCGCCCGGAGCACCCAGGGGCAGCACGCAUUACUACUAGCGCGGCCGCCGUCCGGCGGCCCCGUGCGCCAGGCCUCCACCGGACAACGGCACCAGUGCCAGCAGGCGGCGCCCUGCUACAGCGGCAGCUGCGGCGGCAGGUCGGGCGGAGCAGCCAGCAGGCCUCAGUCACCAGUCAGUCACCGGGCAUGGCCGCAUGGGGCAUGGGGCGUGGGGCGCCGACGUGUCGGUGGUGGGGCUGGGCUGGCCCUGCCUGUGCCGGCGCCGCGGCCGGUGCCGCCGUGUGCCGGGUCCGCCGCCGCCAGUGGGCGCGGGCGUGCGGCGGCCGGCGUCUGGGGGCGAGGGGAGGUGGAGCUCAGAUCCCCGGCUCGUCAACGCCAAAUUCAAGCACCGUGCUUGGCUGUGUGGUGCGGCCACACUGCGGCCGCCCCGCUGUGCCCCGCGCCAUGGGGCCUUGAGUGCGCCCGGUGCAGCGGCGGCAGGGGUGUGUGGCACGGCGGGCGGCGGCGGGCACGAGCCCGGCGUGGCAGUAGCAGCAUGCGGCCGCGUGUGUAGCCACUGGCAGCCACGGUAGUGUCCUGCUGGUGAGGCCAACCGCCUGUCGUGAGCACAGGCACAAUCUAUCGGGUCAUCAAUCGAAGCGCGGUCGUAAGUCCUUGGGGGUUGGACAUAAAGUAAUGGUUGCGCAGUUCGAUCGUCGGAAGAGCCAUGUCGUUGUCAUGAUUGC